AUGGCUGCCCAACUUUGGCUGGAGGAUGAAAAUUCAUGUCAAUCACAAAAAGAUGAUGAUCAAGAUUUAUUUGUGUUCGGUUAUGCUUGCAAAAUAUUUAGAAACGACGAAAAGGCAUUGUAUGUAGACAAAGGCCGCCAUUUAAUUCCUUGGAUGGGAGAUGACAGCCUCAUGAUAGACAGGUAUGAUGGUAGAGGACAUUUAUACGAUCUAUCCCAAUGUGAAGCUGAUGUUGAGAAGAAGGAAUUAUCAGAGGAAGAAGAAAAACUUGAGAAAUUAUGUGAUGAAGAGAGGUACUUAGAAUUGAAUACUGAUAUCGCAGAAAAAACUGUUUAUGAAGAAGAGGAAUGGAAGCGAUAUCAGGAAGCUUUACAAUCAGGUUAUAAUGCGGUAGGAUUUAGUUAUGAACAACCUGAAUCUAGUCAAGAUAUAUAUCAUCAAGAUGAGCAACACUCAGAAGAUGAAAAACCAUUUAUACCUCCAUCUUGUCUCAACAUUCCUUCAGAUUUAAUCGUACCUACUACCAAUAAGAUAAAUGCAGUAAUAGAAAAAACAGCUAAAUUUAUAGCAGAACAUGGUACACAAAUGGAAAUUGUUCUAAAAGCUAAACAAGCUCUUAAUUCUCAGUUUGAUUUCUUGGACUAUAAUAGUUCCUUGAACAGCUAUUAUAAACUUGUGGUAAAAGCUAUCAAAAGUGGUAAAUAUAUUCCUAGAACUCAACCAAAUGAUAUUAAAAAUCAUGAAAGUCAAGAAGAUAAUGAACAACAUGAUCAUCAUGAACAUGGUUACUUACAUAAAUCUUUAGCCUCUAAAGUACAGCCCUGUAAGUCUGUUAAAAUGCCUGUAGUGUCUAUUAAUGAUACGCCUUAUGGUCAGUUAGUUAAAUCUAUAAGAAAGCAUCACAAAGAAGAAAAUAUACCUGAACCUAGUGCUGAUUUACAAGCUUUAACACCUUCCUAUGCCUUACAUCCACAACAGCAUGAGAGAGAAUAUCAUCAGGAGGAUGAACAGUUUUAUAAUCAACAGUUGAUGGUAACAGUAAAGGGAGAUAAUCACAGUUACCAUGCCUCAUCCUUAAUUAGUAAACCACCAUCUGUAGAAAUACACCAGUUACAGCAUACUGAAAAUGACUCAUCUGUUAGCAAUCAACCAAACCCCAUAAUUCCACCACCACCUGAUAUACAACCUAUUAUAGAUAGAAUGGCUAUGUAUGUAGCCAAAAAUGGCAGCGAAUUUGAAAUGGUUGUGCAAAGUAAAAAUGAUGUUAGAUUUCAAUUUCUCAAUGACUGGCAUGUUCAUUAUAAAUACUAUGAUUUCAAGAAGAAAAUGCACCAACAGAUUUUACUUAAAGAAAAGAAAGAGAAAGAAGAAGCUCAAGUAGCAUUGUUGAAUAAAUCAGUCAGUUUUUCUAUCAAGACUAGAAAUAAGGAAAGUGAACCAGUAACACAAUUGAAGAAACCAUUAUUUGAUUAUGGCAGUAGUGAUGAUAACAAUGAUUCUGAUAGUGAGAAAGAAAAAUCUUCAUCCUCAACACCAUCUAGUGAUCAUACUAGUAAUAGAUUGGAAGAGAGUAAUAUAUGUCAAAAUGAAUUAUUUCAAGAUGAAAAUAAAAAAGCUGUUGAAGGUAGAUUGAUGAAUAAGUUGGCUGGUGCUGCUCGAGAAAAAUUGGCACAAACAAGUAAAGAGAAGCAAAUCCAAGCAGAAAGAAAAAGGAAAGCUGCUAUGUUUAUAUCUCUGCUAAAGGGAAAAAGUGAACAAAAGAACGAUAUUGGAAACCAAGAACCUAAAAUUGUUAUUGACUAUGGACAUGGCCAAAAAGAUGACAAGGAAUCUCCAAAUCAUCGUGCUACCUCAAAAUCCAUAACUCCACCACUUUCUUUUAAUGUAUCAAGAAGGUCUAAGUCAAGGUCUCCCAGUAGAAAAUCAUUUCAUUCUAAAAAUCCAGGAUCUAGAUAUCGAUCUCCUCCCAGUGCUAAUCAUAAAUCUCGGAGAGUAUCACCCAGUAGACGUAGUAGAACUCCUAGAAUUUCACCUAACAGAAGAAGAAGUCGGACGCCUAGAAUUUCACCAAAUAGAAGGAGUAGAACACCCAAAAAUUCACGCAGCAGUAGGAGUAAAACACCCAGAAUUUCACCAGACAGAAAGAGAAGAAAAGCUAGAAUUUCACCAAGCAGUUUGAAAAGAACAUCUAGGAAUUCAUUGACAAGGAGUCGUUCACCUGUAAAACAUGGAUCAAAGAGUGCAAGUAGCUUAACAGAAGCCAUGGAAAACAGGUCUACCAAUGACAGAUCAUCACGUUCAAAUGAUUAUAAAUCAUCAAGGUCUCGCGAAGAUAAACCAUCGCGAUCUAAGGGUGACAGAACAUCACAAUCUGUUAAUGACAAAUCAUUAAAUCAUCAGAUGGAGAAGAAGAAAUCUCCUUUAAGAAACAGUGAUUAUGACAGUCAAGCUGAUUUGAUUGAACUCACACAUUUGACAAAUAUAGUAAUUAAGAAAGAAAAAAGUGAUCCUGGUUUUGAUAAAGCUCAGUCCAAUUCUGGUAGUUUAGUGCCUACUGAAAAUAGCAAAUGCAGUGAGAAUAGGACUAGUGAAACAAAUGAAAACAAUUCAGUUACUAGUGAUAAACAAGAAGAUGACUAUGAUGAUGAUGAUGUUAAAAUUGUAGAAGUACCAGUGGAACCUGUAGAAACAGUAGAGUUAGUUGAUUUAACAUAUUUAUCUAGUGAUUCUGAUAUAGACAAAAAACGAAAAACGUCCGAAAAACAUGAUAGAAAAAAGAGAAAGAGUAGAUCUCCAUCAAAAUCAAGAAAAAAACGUAGACGAUCUCGAAGUAAGAGUACCAGGAGAAGAACUUCACCUUAUCGUAGGAGAAGAUCACGCUCAAAAAGUUCUACAAAAGGGCGACAUCACUCUUCAUCAAAUUCUUUACAGGGUAAACACUCUAAAAGACACCGUUCCAAGUCAAGAUCAAGAUCACAUAAGAGAAAAAAAGAUAAAUCUUGUUCACCUAAAAGUAGAAAGUCAAAGUCUAAAUCUCUUGAUAGAAAAAUUUCAAGAAGAGACAGGUCAAAAUCCAGAUCAAACAUUCGAAAACGGUCUAGAUCCAAAACACCAAUUAGAAAAACAAUAAAAUCACCCUCGCAAUCAGCUAACAGAAAAAGAUCUCAUAGUCGAUCAGUUUCUCCCAGAAGAAGAGGAUCAAAAGCAAAAAAGAAACACAAGUCUCCAUCAAGAUCUCCCAAAUCCCACAAGAGGAAGAAAACAAAAGAAAAAGAAAAAAGUAAAGAAAAAAUGUUUGAAGCAACGAUGAUUGAAGUUAGAAGUUCUGAUAUGGGCAGUAGUAAAAUGAUGUCUGAUCCAGUACCUUCUAACAGAAGUCAAUUAAAGGAUUUUUAUGUCUAUGCUAAAUGUGGACGUAUAUUGCUGUCGCACCCGUCCGUCCUUCCACAUUACUUGUAUGCACGAUAG